CUUAUAAAUGCUGCCCUUUUAUAUUUGUUGGAAGAAUAGCUACGCAUUCUUCUCCAAUGGGGUUUCCUGCGUGUUGUGCACAGUUAUACUUUCCAAAACCCUUCAUUUCUCUCUCGGACAUUCUCGGCCUCCUCCGAAACCUUGUAUUCUUCUUCUUCAAUCUCUUCGGCUUCUCCCACUUCCUCCGAAAUCAGCACUCUGCAAUUACGUCUGCCACCACUUCCACCGUCACCUCCGUCACCACCUCUGCUGCUGCGGUCACCACAACUCAUGAAGUAUCGGCGCAUGUGAUCAAGGAGCUCCUGCCUGUGGUCCUGUUCGGAGAGUCAGGAGAAAACGCGUGCAUCUGCGUGUUCUGUCUGUCACAGUUCUCCGAGGAGGAGGAGAUUCGGCGCAUGCAGAACUGUAACCAUGUUUUUCAUCGCACCUGUGUGGACCGUUGGAUCAAUAGCAGUCAGAAAACGUGUCCUCUUUGUAGGACUCCCUUUGUAACCAAUCACGAUACUGAAAGUAUGAGUUUGUAUUUAUUUCCAGGUUAGAUGAUAGUUUUGUGUUAUUUUGUAAAUUUUGAUGUAUUUUGAAUUUAAUAUAAAUAAAAAUUUUAAAU